AUUUUAUUCAUCAUUUCUUCUCAAAGCAUCAAAAAGCAAAAACAGAUUAAACAACUUCCUCUCUCAUCCAAAACGAUUCCAGCUGACGCGCUACAAGUUCAGGAGUUUUGCUAUUAAUUUAGGAGGAGAUGCGUAUUAGAAGUCAAUGAAGUAACCCGUGAAUCAUAUCAUUGUAUAGUUCUAUCCAAGUAUACCUCACUGGAAGUCCCGUGUUGUUAAGCAAGUUGGCUGCAGUUUUUCUUCCGAUGCAAACAUCCCAAACAUCUGCCUCUUUACAAAGCUUUUACAAUCAGCCUAUGCAGCAGAAUGACUCAUACGGCAGUUCAACUUUUCAAGUUCUGAACAAUGACUCAACUGGUAGCAGAAGCCAGGGAAAUGAAGUUUCUUCUCAAACUUACCCUGAUCAGUUCUUCACUCUAGAAUCAACUCCAGCCAUUGAUUAUGCUACAUACAGUUCACCGUCAGCUAUAAGUGUCUCUUCCAGUAGAAGUCCAUUUUCUCCCCAGGGUUCUCUGUCGUAUGCAUCCGAUAUUUAUCAGCCAUCUGAUAAUACUUACGGUUCACCUCUGAGUGGGUGCUCUGGGGUCGAUGAUGAAAACAAGUUGCUGCACGCGCUGUGGGUAUUGAGGAAUGAACUUCUGGGUCCCGAAUCUGAUACAGAUGAUAGUGGAACCUUCAACGGUCUAGUUUCACAACCUUCUACCUUCACAAGAUACAACAAAAUCUUGGAAAUGGCCCCUCAUAUGGACCUGAAACAAUUGCUUAUUGCCUGCGCUGAAAUCGUAUCAGAAGCUGAUACCAUAUCUAUGUCGGACAGACAGGUUGCGAUAUCAGCUGCGGAAGCUAUGAUGGAGAUAUUGGAGAAGAAUGUUUCGGUGUCUGGUGAGCCUGCACAAAGAUUGGGUGCAUACAUGUUGGAAGGACUCAGGGCUAGGCUGUUAUCAUCUGGAAGCAUAAUUUACAAAAAAUUGAAGUGCAAAGAGCCAACAAGUUCUGAAUUGAUGUCGUACAUGGGUGUGCUCUAUCAAAUCGUCCCGUACUACAAGUUUGCUUACAUGUCAUCAAAUGUCAUCAUUGGGGGAGCCAUGGAAAAUGAAAACAGGAUCCACAUAAUUGAUUUCCAGAUUGCACAAGGUAGUCAGUGGAUGUCCUUGAUUCAAGCUCUUUCGCGUCGGCCUGGUGGACCCCCGUACAUUCGCAUCACCGGCGUUGAUGAUUCAGAUUCAGCUCAUGCCCGAGGCGGAGGGCUCGAGUUAGUUGGUCAGAAGCUAGCGCAACUUGCCCAGUCAUGUGGGGUACCAUUCGAAUUUAAUUGUGCAGCUAUGUCGGGGUGCCAAGUCCAACUCGAGCAUCUCAAAGUCCGGCACGGGGAAGCCCUGGCCGUGAAUUUCCCUUACAUACUGCACCACAUGCCGGAUGAGAGCGUGAGCACUACGAAUCAUCGCGACCGCCUCCUCCGACUAAUCAAAAGCUUGUCACCCAAAAUCAUGACCCUUGUUGAGCAAGAAUCCAACACUAAUACCUCUACUUUCACCCAGAGAUUCAUCGAAACCCUCGACUACUAUACAGCAAUGUUCGAGUCCAUCGACGCAGGACGCCCGAGGGACGACAGACAGCGUAUUAACACGGAGGAGCACUGCGUGGCAAAGGACGUUGUCAACAUAAUAGCUUGCGAGGGGAUCGAGAGGGUGGAAAGGCACGAGGUGUUCGGUAAGUGGAGGAUGCGACUGGCAAUGGCCGGAUUCUCCCAGCUCCGGCUCAGCCCGUCGGUUAGCAACUCGGUGAGGGACAUGUUGAGAGAAUAUAGCUCAAAUUACAGAAGUGCGGAGCUCGGCGAUGGUGCUCUGUAUCUUGGAUGGAAGAAUAGAGCUUUAGCUACAGCUUCUGCGUGGAGAUGAAUAGUAAUUCUUGUAGGUUUGUAUUAGAGAUGAGUCUACGUGUAAAGUGUGUUUUUUUAUGGUGUUGGAAAGGCAUCAGUGGCUAUACCUGAUUCCACAACUUGACAUUCUUUGCUACCUCUGUUUUUCUUUGUGACUUUUCUUUAUUUAUUCUCUGUGAGUUUGUUUGUGA